CUGGCACAUGUUUAGUGUGGCCGUGCGUUAAAGCGAGACAACAAUAAUGCCAAACUGAGCAGCCCGUCAGCGAGCGUUCAAACACGUUUCUCUCACUCACUCGCUCUCCCUCUCUCUGUGUCGGUUUGUUUCUUGUGCGGCCGAAUUCUCUUUACUGACACGCUCGUGAGAUAUAAUAUUCAAGCAAUUCGAACCGAACGGGGUCGCACUGGUGAGCGCGAGAGGGCUGCCUUAUAUCAGAAAAGUGCAUUAUGUACGCCGCCGUUAAGCCGCUCUCCAAAUAUCUGCGCCUCAAGACGGUGCGCAUCUACGAUCCGAUAUUUACGCUGCACUCCAAGUGCACGAUUGUCAUCCUGUUGACCUGCACAUUUUUACUAUCGGCCAAACAAUAUUUCGGCGAGCCGAUACUCUGCCUCAGCUCAACGAAGCAUACGGAAUAUGUGCAGUCAUAUUGCUGGACCAUGGGCACCUAUAUACUGCCACUGGAGAACGAUACCAUCGAUGCCAGCAAACCGGUGCCGGAGCUGGCCCUGCUCGAGCAUCAGCAGCAGCGACUAGCGCUCAAUAGGAGCGGCAUGCGCGCCCUCUUGGCCAAUAAUGAGCACUAUGCUCGCAUCAUAUCGAUAGCGGAGGGCGUGGGACCCGAGACGCGGGGCGUUACGAAACGCAUGUAUUUGCGUUAUUAUCAGUGGGUUUUUAUGAUAUUGCUCUUUCAGUCGCUGCUCUUCUACUUUCCCUCGUACCUGUGGAAGGUGUGGGAGGGGCAGCGUAUGGAGCAACUUUGCUGCGAAAUCGGAGACGCUCUCAUUCUCGAGGACACAUAUCGAAUGCGGCUGCGUAUGCUCACGAAAUACUUUCGGGCACGCUUCUCGGCCAUCCAUUGCUGUUAUGCCAUCAAGUAUGCCUUCUGCGAGCUGCUCAAUCUGAUCAUAAGCGUGCUCAACUUUUGGCUCAUGGAUAUCAUCUUUAACGGUUUCUGGCACAAGUAUAUACAUGCUCUGGCCGCGAUACCCGUAUACGACUGGAACCUGUGGAAUCUGAUGACAUCGCGCGUCUUUCCCAAGGUGGCCAAGUGCGAGAUGUUCAUCUAUGGACCGAGCGGUUCACCAAAUGUGCUGGACAUACUCUGCGUGCUGCCGCUCAACAUACUCAACGAGAAGCUCUUUGCCGUGCUCUAUGUGUGGUUCCUCUUCAUUGCCAUGUUGGCAGCCAUCAAUAUUCUGUAUCGUCUGUUGCUUGUCUGCUGUCCGGAGCUGCGUCUGCAGCUAUUGCGCACCCAUUUGCGCGGCAUGCCCAAGGCCCAUGUGCGUCAGGUGUUGGCCAACGCCGGCUACGGCGAUUGGUUUGUCCUCAUGAGCGUCAGCAUCAAUGUGAAUCCGUCGCUCUUUCGCGAUCUGCUUGAGCAGCUGUACGCGGAGCACGCGAUGGCCGCCGCCCUCGUCGCCGCGAACUCAAAGACAGCGGAUAUACAGGCUGGCCAGGAUCCUGACGAUGAUCAGGACAAUGGCAGCACCACCUCAGAGGGCUCACUCACGACCGCACCCACAGCGCCCGCCCUUAACCUGCCGGUGGACACCUACUAUACGGAGAGCCAUGUCUAAAGAGGUUCCCAGGCAACCGCCAUUCGGUAUCAGAAUCGGGAUCCAGGAUCUGUUCGUGCUGCAGUUGUAAUUUGAUAGUUUUGUUAUCGUUCGGUUUGUUUGCGCAAAGUGCAAGACAAACACGAAAUGCAUCGAAAGGCAAAUAAAUGCGAUAAUCAAAAUGGCAAA